GCCUUUUAACGAAGAAAUGUCAAGUUCUAAUAAAACCGAUGCUUGAGCGGUGCCCACGCUAAUGUCUUCCAUCAUCUGACUCACCUUGCAUUCUUUAGCCAGUGUUCAUGCUGUCCCCAGUGGAAAUAAUCAGUCUCUUCAGUAUAAUCAGCCCAUCAACAUAAGCCUGCAUCAUGGUAGAUGAAGUAAAAAGAAGACUGUCUUUUUGUAUUUCAUCUACAAGGAUAAAAGAAAGAAAGAAACUGCAUGGAGAUCAGGAGAUGUUAAAGAGAGCAGGGAGCUGAUCAGGAACAAGUCCAAGGUGUGAAAAACUGCCAAACAGAAGGCACCUGGUGGACAGGGCUGCAGGCAGGUCCUGCUCAGCGUGGAGCUGGUCAUACUGGUGCUGGUCCUGGUGGCCGGCACCGCAGGACAGAUCUAUGAAAGGAGGGAGGCAGGGUCAUCAUGCUACGGAGGAUUUGACCUUUUCUUUGUUUUGGACAAGUCUGGCAGUGUUCAACAUUACUGGAAUGAGAUUUACUACUUUGUUGAUCACCUGGCUCACAAGUUUAUCAGCCCUCAACUGCGGAUGUCUUUUAUUGUGUUUUCCACUGAAGGCCGGACUCUGAUGGCACUAACAGAAAACAGAGAGCAGAUUCGGGACAAACUAGAGGAGCUCCGUAUGGUGCAGCCGGGUGGAGACACCUACAUGGACAAAGGUUUAAAAAGAGCCAGUGAGCAAAUUUAUUACGCCACCGGAGAUGGUUACCGGACAGCGAGUGUAAUCAUCGCCCUGACGGAUGGGGAACUGAGGGAAAAUCAGUUUGACAUGGCACAAAGAGAGGCCAGCAGAGCGCGGCAGCUAGGAGCCACAGUGUACUGUGUGGGAGUCAAAGACUUCAAUGAAACCCAGCUCUCAACCAUCGCUGACAGUAAAGACCACGUGUUUCCUGUGAAUGAUGGAUUUCAGGCCCUGCAAGGGGUCAUAGACUCGAUCCUGAAGAGAUCGUGCAUUGAGAUACUGGCUGUAGAGCCGUCUAGCAUCUGUGAAGGAGAAUCGUUCCAGGUGGUCGUCAAAGGAAACGGUUUCUAUCAUGCCCGGGACGUCCAGAAGGUUCUCUGCAGCUUUCGCAUCAAUGACACUGUGACUUUCAUGAAAAGACCUCUGGUGGUGAGAGAUGUUUACCUUUUGUGCCCAGCUCCUAUCCUGGAAAAAGAGGGAACGACUGCCACUCUGCACGUCAGCAUGAAUAAUGGCCUCAGCUUCAUAUCGAGCUCUGUCACAAUCACUGCCGUCAGCUGUUCCGAUGGGAAAUUUGUAGCCAUCGCUCUGCUCAUCUUGCUGCUCCUGCUCACCAUCGCCCUGCUCUGGUGGUUCUGGCCUCUCUGCUGCACCGUGGUCAUUCAUGAGCCACCCCCGCCUCCAGACGAGGAGAUCUCUGAUGAUGAGGAUGGUUUUCCUAAGAAGCGUUGGCCCACAGUGGAUGCUUCAUACUACGGAGGACGUGGAGUAGGAGGCAUCAAGAGAAUGGAGGUUCGAUGGGGAGAUAAAGGCUCAACAGAGGAGGGAGCUAAACUGGAAAAGGCUAAAAAUGCUCGAGUUGUGAUACCAGCGGAGGAGUUCGAAUACAACCCACCACGGCCUUAUUACCACAUGCACAAGUCAGCCAGGCCACAGAAGUGGUACUCUCCUAUUAAGGGUAAACUGGAUGCUCUGUGUGUAUUUCUGAGAAAAGGCUACGACCGAGUGUCUGUGAUGCGACCUCAUCCUGGAGACAAGGGCCGUUGUAUAACCUUCACUCGAAGUAAAUCCUACCCUACCCCUCGCUACCCCAUCUACAACCACCCCUCCACACCUGUCUACACCUUACCCCACUGCUACCAGCGCCGCCCAUCAAAUGACAGCAACCUCUACAAUCUACCACCUUCGCCAACCUCAACACUCCCCCCUCUGCCCUCCACUCCUCCACCAUCCUCCACCAGCCCACCCAUGUAUACUCCACCUCCAAACAGAUCACUGCCCCCAACCAACACGAGUCCAAUCCACGCACCUUCCUCUCCAACUGUCUCCCUGCCGCCUCCACCUCAGGGUCCAGCUCCAUGUAGAGCUCCUCCUCCGUCACGCCCUCCUCCACGCCCAAAUCAGGACAACCACUGAUGAGGACCUACAGGAAGUAAAACAUUACAUGGAGGACAAAAGCUCAGGGUGGAGACAUUAAAGCUUUCCUUCUGUGUCAGAGCAGAGUGAGAGUUAAAGUGACUGCUUUGUUUUGACUCAUGAGUCUGCAGUUAAGUCUGUUUUCCUCAACAAGUGCCUCAUAAAUGGUUUGUUAUGAACUACGACUGUUUUUCAGUCUGGAUAAUGAUUUUUUUAUUGUAGCAAGCACAGCUUUGGUAAUUAAAAUGCUAUUGGAGCUCA